GUCUUUCCCGAAUUUCCGAAGUUCAUCCGCAACUUCGGAAAUUCGGAAAAGAUUGGGUAGGAGCCGGAUUGCCUUGUACGGAAUCCAUACGUGGCAAGACCAUUGCGUUGGAGGGCACUCCCCCAGCCUCGCUUAACGACGAUGCGCCGUGCCCCAGGUCUGGAGCUUUUAGCUCGGCUUAUCCCUAAACUCUGCCUCGUUCCAAUCUUGCUUUAUUUGGCCCUCAAACUCUGGGCGCCUUCUCGCGGCUCUGUGCUGGACAAUGGAUGGAUCAAGACGGCGUUGUUGGUCGUUUUUGGCCCAUUAUCGAUGUACUUGAGGCGCAAGUGGUAUUUCUCGGUAAAUACCUAUCGAGCAUACCGACUUUCCGUCAAAGAAAUCCCUCUUGUCGAGGGCAAAUGGCCUGGAAGUAUCGAUUUAUUAUAUAAGCUAAUGAAGGCGUUUGAAACGGAGUAUGUGGGGGAUGCAUUUGAGGAGCUCGUGAUGAAUGGGUGGGAUACGAUUAGGGUCAGAGUCUUAUGGGAGGAGAACAUACUCACUUUCGAGCCUCAAUACGUGAAGCAAAUCCUCGCUACAAACUUCCCUAAUUAUGAAAAAGGCAACGAAGAAUUUGGCGAAGCAACUGGCAGCGUCUUAGGCUCGGGUGUCUUCAACGCUGAUGGGGACCUCUGGAAAUUCCACCGCACCCUCGCAAGACCUUUCUUCUCCCGCGAACGCAUCAUCGAUCACUCAUUCUCUAUCUUUGAGCGACAUUCUACUACAACUUUUGUUAAAAUGAAGGAACGUUUUGACGCCGGAGCACCGAUUGAUUUUCAAGAUGUGAUGGCUAGGUUUACACUGGAUUCUGCCACGGAGUUUUUAUUUGGGAGGAGUGUGGAAAGUACAAGUGACGUAUUUUUGGAACCCGGUGGUAUUGUCCCGGUGUCCAUUCCGACUUCGACUCCGGAGAAAGUCGGAGUUCUACAUGGACCUUCGGCAUACAAGUUUGUCAAAGCAUUUGUGCAGAGCCAGAUCAUCAUCUCACUUCGAAUUCGGAUGGGUAAGAUAUGGAAAUUGACAGAAUUUUGGGGCGAUAAGAGUCUUCCGCAUAUGAGGGAUAUUCAUGAAUUUUUGGAUCCUAUUUUGGAGGAUGCGUUGGAGAGAGUUGGGAAUAAGGGAGGGGAAGGCAUUGAUGAGGAUACGAAUUUCCUGAUGCAUAUGAUUACUCAGACGAAGGACCGCAAAAUCAUUCGCGAUUCUAUCAUGAACAUGCUUAUAGCAGGCCGAGAUACAACCGCAUGCCUUCUCACCUUCGUCAUAUACAUGCUCUCCCAACACCCCCAUGUCCUGGAGAAACUUAAAGAAGAGAUCAAUCGUACGAUCGGUCAUCAGAAGAUACCCACGUUCGAUGACAUUCGCUUGAUGAAGUACUUGCGGGCUGUUCUGAACGAAACUCUGAGACUUUUCCCUCCCGUCCCGUUUGACCUUCGGUAUGCUAUCGAGGAGGACAUACUCACAUCACCAGACGGAACAAGGUACUAUGUCCCCCCAAACACUACGGUUAGCUAUGGUAUCGUAACCAUGCAUCGUGCCAAGUCUCUUUGGGGUGAUGAUGCAUUGGAGUUCGAUCCUGAAAGGUGGCUCGACGAUCGCCUUCGUAGGGUCACCGAAAACCCUUUCAUUUUCUUACCUUUCAACGCCGGCCCACGCAUUUGUCUAGGACAACAAUUCGCAUACAACGAAGCGUCCUUCAUGAUCAUUCGUCUCCUUCAAACGUUCUCGACGAUCCAACUUACACCCGAAGCCCAACCCAACGGUUCACUUCCACGAUACGAUCAUUGGGCUCAGAGGCCGGCAAUCUUGAAUAGGAGACACAUUAAGGAGAAGAUUUGGCCUAGGUCUCAUGUUACGCUUUACGCCGAGGGUGGUCUGUGGUUGAAGAUGGGUAGCUACGAAGAGGGCAGUGGCGAUGAAUGACGCAAGGUGUGCGUUGUGGAUUCGCUUGGAUGUGAGGCU